GUACCAUCAUCCUACCUACCUUCCAUCUCCCUUCAACUCUCUGGAUUCAAUUGUCCCAGUUUCACCCCAUCACAUCAAAACCACAACCACAACCACCACCAACAAUGACCUCCUCACAGCCCGAAGAACCCAUCGUCAUCCCCGCCGACCGCGAUGGCGUCGCCUACCUUUACGGCCACCCCCUGCUCAACUCGCUCUCCCCUCCCCUCCACGCCGCCAUCUACAACAGACUUGGCCUGAACUGGAUCCAACUCCCCCUCUCCAGUGUCUGCGGCACUUCCGCCACCUACCCUCCUCCCUAUACCCGCUCUCCGCCCAUCGACACUUUCCUCGCCUCCAUCCGGGCCAAUCCCAAGUUCGUCGGCUCCUCCGUCACCAUGCCCUGGAAGGUGAGCAUCAUGCCGCACCUGGACGACCUUACCGAAGACGCCCGCCAGGCCGGCGCCUGCAACACGAUCUUCAUCCGCGAGGACGCCGCCGGCCAGCGCUCCUACGUCGGCACCAACACAGACUGCAUCGGCAUCCGCGAGGCGUUGGUGCAGAACUCUCCCAACCCCGCCGAUUUCCGUGGCAAACCCGCGCUCGUGGUCGGUGGCGGCGGCACCGCUCGUUCCGCCAUCUACGUUAUGCGCAAGUGGCUCGGCUCCAGCAAGAUCUACAUCGUGAACCGGGACGCGGCGGAGGUUCAGGCGAUUCUCGAUGAGGAUAACCAGCGCAACCCUAGUGCGGACAAGGCGCCCUUGAUCGCCGUCACGGAUCCUGUCGUCGCGCAAACCCUCGAGGCCCCCGCUGCCAUUGUCUCGGGCAUCCCGAACUAUCCACCCAAGACAGAGGAGGAGAUCCGCUCGCGCCAGGCGCUGCAGAGCUUAUUGGGUAGUGCGGAUGACCAGAAGCCCAAGGGCGUUAUCCUGGAGAUGUGCUACCACCCCGUUAUCUGGACGGAAAUUGCCGAGUUGGCUUCCGCUGCCGGGUGGAAGGUUAUCGUUGGCUCCGAGGCGCUUAUCUGGCAGGGUCUGGAGCAGGCUCGUUUAUGGACUGGAACGGAUGUGGUUGCCGUGCCUGGGUUGGUCGACAUGGUCAAGGAAGUCGCGGCGAAGAAUAUUGCGGAGCGGGAGCACCCCUCCUCCAAGUCUAGUCUAUAAGACUAACUUAUCGUUCCUCUUCCCCUUCCCCCCUCCCCCCCUCUUUCCUCCCGUAAAACAUUUCAUGAUUCUUGUAUAGACUCUAGCA